CGCAAGCCACGCCAUACAUGUCUUCUUCUUCUUCGUCGUCGUCGUCGCCCUCGCUAGCUGGGAUCAAGCACAUCGUCCUCGUCCUCUCCGGCAAAGGCGGCGUCGGCAAGUCCAGCGUCACCACCCAACUCGCCCUCUCUCUAUCCCUGCAAGGCCACUCCGUCGGCCUUCUAGACGUCGAUCUCACCGGCCCUUCGAUUCCGCGAUUCCUCGGAAUUGAAGCCUCCAAAGUCACACAGGCGCCUGGCGGAUGGCUGCCCGUGCCCGUGCACGAAGCAAGAAAUAGCGAGCAGCAGACGAGUGAGCACGAGGAGAAGAAUGGACAAGAACAACGACCACCACAAGCCCUGGGCAGACUCAGCGCCAUGUCCCUCGGUUUCCUCCUCGCCAACCGGAGCGACGCAGUGGUGUGGCGCGGACCCAAAAAAACCGCCAUGAUUCGCCAAUUCUUGUCGGAUGUCCAAUGGGGCACCUUGGACUACCUCCUCAUCGACACCCCGCCGGGAACCAGCGACGAGCACAUUUCGCUCGUGGAAACUCUGCUCAAGUCUGCGACGCCGGAACAGUUAGCGGGAGCAGUCAUCGUGACGACCCCGCAAGCCAUCAGUGUCAGUGAUGUGAAGAAGGAAAUCAACUUUUGCCGGAAAGUCAAUGUGAAGAUUCUGGGUGUGGUGGAGAAUAUGGCUGGUUUUGUGUGUCCGAAUUGCUCCGAGUGUACGAAUGUGUUCUCCAAGGGUGGUGGACAAGCCAUGUCCCAAGAGUUUGCCGUCGAUUUCUUGGGGAGUCUGCCCAUUGAUCCCAUGUUCAUUCGCCUGAUUGAAGAAGGCAAGCGGCCGAGCUAUCCAGAAGGCACUGUCAUCAAAGGUCGCCAGAUGCAGACAGGGAGAGAAGGGGAAGAUGCGGAAAAUACGGAAGGCUUGCUUGUCGACAAGUAUACUGCUUGCUCUCUACAGCCUCUCUUUGAGGGCAUUACUAAAGCGCUGAUUACGAAAAUUGGAACAUGAUACGACUCUUCCAUCGUCCACGUGGAACGCAAAACGCCCCCAUCCGGAGUCUCUCUCGACCCAACAACCCAAAGUCCAUGCUCGAACAACAUGCCACUCACUCCAAACCCGCGCCGAUAUCUGCAGACCCUAACUGUACAGUCUUUCAUGUGCACCCAUCGCCCUAUCGAUCCUCUCCGGCUCAUCACAGAGCGCAAUUCAGUCCCAGCAAUCCACAAUUCUUUGUUGGAGUAGCCGCCGGGGCCACAGUGGGCGAGCUGAUCGUAGUCGACGAGAGAGUAGGCUUGGGCACAGAGCUACACGAAGUGAAGUUGUUCGACCCCACACUACAGUACGAAACCGUAGAAGUCGUGUACACGGUCGUGACUGGCAAAACGACUGUAAUCUUGCUGUUGCUCGUCGUCGGUGUGGUGACGGUGCUCAGAGUCGCCAAAAUCGGACUGCCAGUGCCCGCACUGGGAGUGGGGCCUUCACAGAGCAAACCGCCGAGGACAUUGAGACCCAAGACACAUCUCUGCGUCGUCAAGCUAGAUUGGGAUGAAGGGCCACAAUUGAGUCCAAGCAGACCACAAUCAGAAUAUGUCGAGGUAGAUGAUGAUGAUGGAGCCGCAGAAACAGCAGGCGUCGUGGUCGUGGUCGUCGUUGUCGGGUAGACAUAAGCGGAAGCCGAUCUCGAGCUCACCACAGUCGGUCUCGCAGUAGCCGCCAAAGAAGUAGAAGUAGAUCCAUCCGGUUCAACAAUCCUCUUGCCAGCCAUGACCACCGUAUCCGCAAUACUCGAUCCCUCCGCCACAGUUCCCAGAUCCGAAAUGAACACACAUUGCCCCUUUUCUGCCGUAGCAGCAAUGCAAUUCGUCAUAUUCGAGCACUGAUUGCUGCACACAAUCGUCGAAGGCACAGUAAACGCCGCAGCAUUAACAUCUCGUGCAUCCAACUUCUUCAUCUCAAAUGAAUCAUUCUCCUCCAUCAUCUCCAUCUCCCCCCUCGUAGAAAUCCCCGCCGACCCGGUAAUAUUCACACUAAACGGAAACGUGACAUUACACAAC